AUGGAGUAUCUAGAGGCGAAAUCGCACGAUGGCAGUCCGGAGUCUAUCCAUGUCCUCACUCUCAACUGCUGGGGUCUCAAAUAUCUGAGCAAGUACCGGAGCGAGCGCCUUUCCGAAAUAGGCAAGCGGCUGGCCGGCUUUGCACCUCGACUCGAUAUAGUCGGGCUACAAGAAUGCUGGACCUACGCGGACUAUCUUUCAAUCCGCGAGUCGACGAGUCAUGUCCUGCCGUAUGCGAAGUUCUACCAUUCUGGCAUAUUUGGCGGCGGAUUGGCCGUCUUCAGUCGCUGGCCUAUCGAGGACUCCUCCAUGUGUCGUUAUCCGCUCAACGGACGGCCAACUGCGUUCUUCCGAGGCGACUGGUUUGUGGGCAAGGGCGUUGCAUGUGCGAAGAUCAGAUUACCAGACCGCCAAGUGAUUGAGGUUUUCAAUACCCACCUGCAUGCCCCCUACGAGAGUGAGCCCAACGACAGCUACAUCUGUCACCGAACCGCCCAAGCCUGGGAGAUAGCAAAGCUCAUGCGAGAUGCAACAGAACGUGGGAGCCUAGUGCUUGGACUUGGGGAUUUCAAUAUGGUUCCUCUUAGUUUUGCUCAUGUUCUCAUCGAGAGCAGAGGUGGUGUUAGAGAUGUCUGGCGAACAGUCAAGCCGGACAGCAGUAUCGGUGCCAGCAUUGAUGCCGCUGAGAAAGACCGAAGGCAUAGGAUGGAUGAGAAAGCAACUCCGACCGUCGAGGAGAGCCUUGAGCAUCAUGGGCACACCUGCGACUCUGCUCUGAAUACAUGGCGUUGGAACGAGGCACACCGGAAAGCUCUCGACAAAGGGCGGGAUCGCACGAUAGAGCCGGAUCAGCCCGAUCCCAGAGCUAAGCGAUUGGACUACAUUUUCUUCAGUGGCUUUGAAGCAGGAUGGACGGUUGAAGACGUCUCUGUCGCAUUGACCGAGAGACAUCCCAGCAUUCGGUGCUCUCUCAGCGACCAUUUCGCCGUCAGGACGCUGGUCAAGCGGUCAAGCAGUCCGCCUGAGAGUACUAAGACGGUCGAGGUUCGCGGCCCAUUGCAAAAUCCCGAUGAGCGCAGCCCUAGCAAGGACAUCGUCGACCUCGAUGCUACGAAUCUCGAGCAUGCCAUUUCCAAAGUGCCGUCCAAGUUCAACAUCGAGUCCUCCUUCUACGAGCAGAUCCUAGCCAUGAUUGACAAAUACGCCCUGCGUGAACGGAAGCAGCGACGAUACAGGCUUUUGCAUUUCGUGGGCGCAGCAAUCGUCUCCAUCGGGUGCUUUAUAGCUAUCUGGUGGUCACCGCGAAACUACGUGUCGUUCCUGUUGCUCAUUCUCAGCACAUUUGGCAUCAUGGCUGGGACGGUGGAUGGGCUGAUAGGUGGGCUCUUCGUUGGCUCAGAAUUGCGCGCUCUAGCAGAGUUUGAAUGGGAAGUGCGCAAUGCCUGGCAGCUCGCUGGUGGGCCACGGCAGCACGACAGAGCCCUGAAGGACUGGUACGAUUGA